CAACCACCACCACACAAACACCCAGUGACUUUUGCCUCUUAUAACCUGUGCAUCACGCACACCCCCACGCUCGUUGCUUGAACUCCCCCCUCAUCUUGACCUCGACCUUCCCCUCUUAAACGACCCGGGCCGUCGUUGAAUCUCCUCUGCCCCUCGGAAACAACCUACACUCGUUUUCGGCCCCGCCAUUACGCUUGUCGCCUGUCUGCCGCCCCCAUCGCACCGCCCCACCCUCGCCUUCCACCAUGCGCUUCACUGCCGCUGCUCUGCUCGCGGUCGCUGCCUCUUUGCACAGCGUCAACGCUGCCAACGCCGACGAAUGGCGCUCGCGUAGCAUCUACCAGCUCCUGACCGACCGUUUCGCUCCUCCCUCCGCUGAUGCUCCUGCUCGCACCAACCCCGUCCCCGAGACGUGUGACCCCGUUGCACAGACAUGGUGUGGUGGCACCUGGCUGUCGAUUAUCGACAAGCUCGACUACUUGCAAGGCAUGGGCAUCGAUGCGAUCUGGAUCUCCCCUGUUCACCAGAACAUCGACGUCCACACGCCUUACAACUAUGCAUACCACGGUUACUGGGUCAACGAUGUGACCAAGCUCAACGCCCGCUUCGGCUCCGAGGAAGACCUCGUCACCCUCAUCACCGAGCUGCACAAGCGCAACAUGUACAUCAUGAUCGACAUUGCCAUCAACUCGAUCCCCACCUUGAACCAGAACGACUCCCUUAGCAGCGAGAGCCUGGCCGCCGACAACUCGAUGUGGACCGACCCCGCCUACUUCCACAAGCAGUGCUGGAUCGACUACUCGAACCAGACUUCUUGCGAGUACUGCUGGUUUGGUGACGCCAACCUGCCCCUGAUGGACGUCAACACGGAGAACCCCUAUGUCAUUUCCACUCUCAACAGCUUCAUCAAGGACUUUGUGACCAAGUACAACAUUGACGGGCUCCGUCUCGACGCCGGCAAGCACAUUCCUGGCCAGUUCUGGUCUGGAUUCACCCAGUCGGCUGGCGUCUUCACCACUGGCGAGGUCUACGACGGCAGCUGGCAGUUCACCUCCAGCUACCAGAACCAGGGCUGGAUGGACUCGGUUCUUGGCUUCCCCAUGAACGGUGCCAUCUCCAAGGCCUUUAGCAUCAAGCCCAAGAACAGCAACAUGACCGACUUUGGUGUUGCUGUUGGUCAGGCCCUCUCGUCGUACAACAACCCCAGGGUCAUUGGCAACUUCCUCGAGAACCACGACAUGGCUCGCUUCCGCAACAUCACUGCCGACCCCGUGCUUGCCUACAACGCCAUGGUUGCCCAGUUCAUGAUUGAGGGUAUCCCCGUCACCUACUACGGCCAGGAGCAGGACCUUGCCAACGGCCACGAUGACCCGUACAACCGUGCCGCCCUCUGGCCCACAAACUACGAGAACGGCACGACCUACCAGCGCAUUGCCCGUCUCAACCUUAUCCGCAAGCAGCUCAUCACCUCUGGCCUCCAGUUCAACGGCAAGUCGUACAUGGACGACAACUCGACCGCCAUCGGUGUGACGCAGAACGACAUUGCCUUCCGCAAGGGCCCAAUCAUCUACACGCUCAACAACCGUGGCUCGCCUGAAGAAAACACGAGCUUUGGCAUCAACGCGACGGGCUGGCCGUCCCAGACGGCCCUCAUCGACCUCCUCUCGUGCCAGCAGUACAUUACCGGCGCGGGUGGCUCCUUGUCCAUUUCGUACGCCCAGCCGGGCUACGGCGGCCUUCCCUACAUCUUUGCCACUGCCGGCGACGCCAAGGCGCUUGGUAUUUGUGUCAAGGCCACACAAGUUGGUGUCCUUGCGCCGAACUCGACCAGCGCUGCGCUCCCCUCGUCGCCAAUGUCGGUCGGCCUCAUGGGAGCCGCUGCCCUGCUCACGGCCAGUCUCUUCUAAGCAUAGUCGUGCCUUGACGGUUGCGGUCGCCUCUUGCAUCAACAAAACAAUGUCUUGUCCCGUCUUGCCAUUUAUUCUCAUUCCACGGAGCACAUCCGCCGUGCGGACAUCUUGAACCCCUAGCCCUGGCUUCCAUGCGCACUUCCCUCCCGGUGGGAAGAGUGUCGUGUUGUACAUUACAUUAUGCACCGUCUAUUACUGGG